GGAAUCCAACCACGCCCCGUAGAUCUUCUGUUCUGCAGGGAGGACCACAGGGUCAAAGUUUUUCACAGAAAUCGCAUUGUGGCUCCCAAAAACUGCGAACAAAUGCUGCGUUAGCCGUUAGCAACUUUGUUUCAGCAUCACAACAGUGUUCAACUCAUGUGAACCCCGAGAAAAAUGUCCCGUUUUCUGAAGCAUUUCACAGCGGUGGGUGAUGAGCAAAACACCGCCGCACAGUGGCAGGACGCGGAACUGCACGAUGCCAGUGACGACCUGGAGCUGGCCACAGGACAGCAGCUGGGACAGGUCAGCUUCAGGGACUCCAUACGCCGCCUCUACAGUACAGAGAGGUUCCAGAUUAUUGUUGUUUGCUUGGUCGUCUUGGAUGCCAUUUUUGUUCUGUGUGAGUUGCUUAUUGACUUGUCUAUCAUCAAAGCAGAUCACCAUGGAAUUGCUCCGCAGGUAUUCCAUUAUCUCAGCCUCGCCCUUCUCACAUUCUUCAUGGUGGAGUUGUUUGGAAAAAUCUAUGCGUAUCGUCUAGAACUCCUCCACCAUAAGUUUGAGGUGUUUGAUGGGAUUGUGGUGGUGGUAUCCUUCAUCCUGGACAUUGUAUAUAUCUCAAAGGAAGAUGCAUUUGAUGCCAUGGGGCUUCUGAUCUUGCUCAGGUUGUGGAGAGUGGCCAGGAUCAUAAAUGGUAUCAUUAUGUCGGUGAAAAAUCGUGCCCAUCACAAAGUUCAGAAAAUAAAAGAGAUCAAUGAAAACCUUGUUCACCAAGUCAGUGAACUUCAAGAGCGAAACACAAAACUGGACCAAGAAAAUGCCAAGCUUCGUGCACUCUUAAAACAGCACGGCAUUGAGUUUUGAUGCUCCGAGGUUAUUCAUUAAACACAUCACAACAUGAGACUGAGUUUAAGACUAAUUAUAUCUAUUCAUUCCAUAUGAAAUGUGAAGAAGGUCAGAUUACAGUGUGAUGUGUUUAUUGUCACUCAAAGCCAAGCUGAUCUUGAUCUCUGUCCCCUGGCAGAUCUUUAACAGCACACAUAAAGGGAGAUGGUUUUAAAACCAGUGAGUCAUGUAGGUCAAAAAAAAAAAAAAAUGGAAAUCUAUAAACAAGUUAAAUAUACUGGAAUUUUAAACUUGCCUCAGUAGAUUAUAAGAUGAUUGAUUUUUAUUCUAAAUCACUAUUUUCCAAAAUCAUUAUCAGUGUUGUUGUUUUAUAAAUGAACUGUACAUUUAAUGUUUUUUUCAUUAUAAAUGUGAAAGUGUUUGGGCAACUGAAAGCUAUGGGAUAAAUACUAUUUUGUAAAUGAGAUAUGAAAUAUUAAUAGACCAACAUAUCUGCUUGGCUGAUAACUUGGCUUAUUAAGAUUAGUGGCAUUUCACUCAUUUAACAGAUCCAAAAUUAACAACAGAUUUUACAAUGGAUCGUGCACAUUUUCUGUUCUUAAGUGUUUUAGUAAGUUUUGAGUAAAUAUUAUUAAAAACCGUUAUUAUUU